AUGAAUUUGGUUGCUCUUGGCAUGUCAUAUAGCAAUAUUGAAUCAUUUGUCGGUUGUUAUAAUAAUCCACAACGGUUUGAGAAGAGGCAAAAUUUUGAUGGAUCGUUCUUAAAAGAGAAAAGGUUGCUUGGAUCAUUGAAGAUUCUUAAUUUAAGUUUUUGUAAACAACUCCAUAGUCUUGAUGAUUUUGACCAACUUCUUGCACUUGAGAGGUUAACAGUUAGAAAUUGCAUUGGUUUGCUCGAGAUAUGUGAAUCAAUCGAGCAAUGUGUUGAACUUGUCUUCAUCAAUUUGAGCUAUUGCAACAAGCUUGAAAAACUUCCAAGAAACAUAGGCAUGUUGAAGAAUGUUAAAACAAUGUUGCUAGAUCAUUGCAGUCCUAGUGGAUCUCCAAUCCAGAAUUGGGAUAUGGAAUUGCGCAAGGCUAACAAAAUUGACAUAAAUACAAAAACCUCUUCCCCUGCCUUUUUGGGUGUCAUACCAAGUGAUUUGAUGUUGUAUGCAAGUUCUUUACCGAGUUCUCUAGUAAGUUUGUCAAUUGCAAAUAGUAAUUUGUCCACUAAAUCCUUUCCCAUGGACUGGAUGUAA